UUUAUCAACAUGCAAAUGGAUCGCCGAUGAAUGAUGAUUGCAUCCACGAUUUUCAUUUGCAUAGUACUCAUCAGAUCUGGUGUCAUUGGAUCGACAAAUCCCGUCACGAAUUAUGGGCACUCGGAGAGAGUAAAACGAUUGGCAUCAGAUGAAGGAGAAUCAAAAUACUACACAAUUCCCCCAUCCAAUUCAUCUGAAGACGAUGCAAGCAUCGAAGAGCGAUUUUUCUUGAAGAAACUUUUCAAUCCAAAUAAAAAUCACAACGUGUUUUGGCGGCCAAGUGCUUUUCUUGGAGCGAUAUUUGGUCGUCGACCGUCCCAUCAUCAUCCAAUAUCAAACCCUCAAACCGCACCGCCUGCAACAAAAUCUCUAACUACAGCUGCACCUCCAACAACAACACCAACAACAACAACAACAAUACCUUCAACAACGACAACAAAACCUACAACAACAACAAAACCUACAACAACAACAAAACCUACAACAACAACAAAACCUACAACAACAACAGAAUCUGCAACAACAGUUAAACGAGUUGUAGUCGCUUCGGAUGAUGUACUAGAAAAGUUGGAGGCAGCAAUAAUCCUCCGCGAGAAUGCAAUAAUCGUUAUGGGCUAUCUCCUUCAAUUACCCCGUGGGCGAUUAACGAGACAUCAAUACGCGUCACUCGAGAUGAUUUACAAUGCACUGCGACAGAAAACCAUCUACCUAUACAACUUACUCCCAGUAUUACAGAAAAUGGAAGGGAAGAGUGGAUCGAUACAAUUUGUCCUUCUGUUGAAUGAACUAUGGCGCAAUCCGCCGCCGCAUUUAUCGUCAGCCAUCAAAUAUUGGAUAAAGCAGAUUACCAAUGACAACGUUGAUUUCAAUGUUCUCCUGCAAUCUAUGAAAGGCAGUUCAGAUCUCUUGGCCGGAAUCAGCAAAGAAGCGAUACAGAUAUCGAGCAUUCACCACCCAGAGGACGAGUUGGAACACUAUGACGAAGGAUCCAAAGUUACAGAAGAACAAUUGGGAAAGGUUUAUGUGAAAAUCUUCCAACAACUAUCUCUGGCAAAUGCAAAACUUCCCCAAUUACUGUUUGGAAUAAUCCUUUUGGACUUGCCCAACCCUGAUGGAGAUCCUAUCUUCGAAGAGUACGUUAAGUAUAUCGCCGAAGAAGCGAAGCACCAGAGGAUUCCUAAUUGGAAUUCUCACGGUUACAAUCCAAUGAGUGGAGAUCCCUACAUUCUACUUGGUAAUUUGGUUCACAAUAUCUGCAAGGAUGCAGAAGUUCCAUCCAAGAUGAAGAAAGUUUUGCUAUACGUUUUGAAUCAUUUUGAAUCAUCAGGGGGUGAACAUUUCGAGGACCCUAUUACCACGCAUCAGGACAAUGACCUGAAAUUAAUUCUGGCGUCGGUAGCACCGUUGAACUUCGAUGAGUCAAUACACCAAUUAGGAUUAAAACUGCAAUACGUUGUAACGGGUGACGACCGGUUUGAUCACAUUCUCGUUGACACCAACAGGUAUAUGUAUCGUUACCCGAAAGACCAAAUAUUGGCGUAUCUAGCAAAAGUGCAAACAAAAUUAACCGACGGGGAUGUGAAAAUUGAGAGAAUUGUGUCGGCAUUGUUAUCGAAUUUAAUUUUGAUCAAAGGAAUUUCGGCACCGGUGGAGCAUUACAUACCUCUGUGGACGGUGAUCGAUGUUAUUGAUGAACCAGGAGCUGACCCAAAAAUUCGAGAAAUAAUUAAUCACAUCGCUCAUGAGAUGUAUCAGAAUGUGCCUUUGUGGAAUGCGCUGCAACAAAUCAUCACUCUGGAUAGAGACCAAUGCGUUCAUCCGAAAAAGUGUGUGCUCAAUAUGCUGGAGAAGUUGGAGAAAAUUCUGGCGAGGGAAGAGGCGGACCCUCAGGUGAUUGCCAGUGUUGAGUUGUUGAUUAGUGCGGGUUAUCAGGAUUUGCAGAAAGAAGAGAAUAGCAAACUCAUCUGCGUUAACACAACAUCUUCCACUGCUCAUCUGCCGGAGAAAGAGGUACAUACUGAAGAACCUCCUAGAGCUCCCAAGCUAGUAGUUACACACAUCCUAGAACCGGUAACUAAGCCACCUGCAAAGGUGCAGGAUUCACCAGCCCAUGAAGAGCCAUCUAUCUUCGACCAAAUUAACGAUUUCCUUGCGAAGCAUUCGACACCUCAAUCAAUGACACCUCAACCAACGACACCUCAACCAACGACACCUCAACCAACGACACCUCAACCAACGACACCUCCAUCACCAAAACCACCAAUGCACCCCCCGCCAUCGCCCGUCGACCCUCCCAUAUCAUCAAAGUUACCCCCGUCCAUAGACCCCUCAAAAUGCAUCAUCUUCGUGAAGCCCAAGAGUGGACCACCAGUUGUCCAAACCCUGCGAUCUGGAGUUGAUUCCCAGGUACCAGGGGCCAUCAUCCUACCUUCAGUCCUUCACUUGGAAGAGAAGCCCUCCAACAAUACAACUAUCCUAGAUAAGUGUCACAAACAAAUGAGGCGCCAAAUUGUGAAGCCCUUGACAGCGAUGUUCGGAAAACAUUACGUUAGCAUAAUUUUGGGUAAGCACCACUGGUCUAGCCAUUUUCCCACAAAGGUUUCUGUGGUGAUUGAGGUACUGCGCAAGGCGUCUUGGAACAGUCAAGUGCAGACUCAGCCGACGUUGGUGAGGGACAUCGAGGCGACAUUAGAAGCUUUUGAGUUCGUGGCUCCGUAUAUUCUGUUGCCGCUGGUGGCUCACUUCAUGGACUUCGACAAGCCCGUGACCUGGGUGACCUUCGGCAACAACACGGACGAGACGUUCCACGCAAAUUCCAAGAAGGAUAUAAUAUAUCUUGCUCGCAGUCCACCUGACAGCUAUCAGAACGGUUCGCUGUCCACAAUGCCUCUCGUAAAUCCAAAAUAUUGGCUACAGCCAAUUGGAGAAGGAGAUCCUUUUCCAAGUCUUCUGCCGCAGCUACCAAGAAACUCCGUCUACGAAAUAGCACUUCGUCCACUAGUGUCAGUGUUCCAAGCAUCGAUCAUAACCACGCUGUUGGGCGAUGAUAUCAUCCCCUCUUGGUACCCAAACAAAGGAGCUCUAUUCAUUUGGACCCUCCACCGGCUGCGAGCAUCGGAUAAAAUUAAAUCCGAUAAGGUUUUAUUGGAUCUCAUCGAAAAUUACUUGAGGAUUAUCCUACCUCCGAGUAUAUACGUUAGAGUACCCUCAGCUUUAAUAACCGGGGGUAUGCAUGAGUCGAGUGGCCGUUGGACUGUUGAUUUACUUGGGUUAAUGAAAGCACUUCCAAUACCCAACUCUAACGCUGAAACUAGUGUAUGGAAUGGUAUGAGAGAUUUUCUCUCCAAGAUCAAUUUACUUGAUGAAUUGGCUGUGCCUGUGCCACCCUUGAGAACACCUAAAGGCGAGCUUCUAACGACCAUUAUCAAGACUGCAUUGAAAUCUUCGGAAGUUGUUAUCGAUGAUCGAAUCAGGAAAGCCUUGGUCUAUUACAAGGACAAGGUCCUUCACGAUGGUGAGGGGGCUGUCAACGUAAGCUGGGUUUGGAUCCAAAAAUUCCUCUUGAGUACGAACGUGAAUAUUGGUCGGACCAUCGCGGAAGUCAUUCCGUAUGACAACAUCCCUCAAGAUAAGAAAGGAGCGUAUCAAGAGCUUGUUGCCAAUCUCGUGAAAAAUCCACAUCUGCUUGAAGUCCACAACGAGCUACCCAUUGGUAGAAGUGACUCCAAGGGGGCCUUUGUCCAUGACUAUCUCCUGUACUUGUUGAAACGACGUGACUUAUCACCAGACGCUAGGAAAAGCAUUGGGGAGCUGCUGCCGUAUGUGAUGCUGACCGGAGAAGGAGCGAGCGCUAUGCCACCAGCUCGUGUUGAAGCUGUACAUUGAAGCUAUCAUUUUCGAUAUAACUUCAUGUGAAUUGUCAUUAAUAAAAUGUUAACUGUUUUGUCCAGUG